AUGCCCAUAAUUGAGCAAAACACCAACACUUGCCAUCGUCCGGACCAAACCGCGUGUGUCAAAAAGGGAGGUGAUACCACCCCGCCAUCAGUAGUGGAUGAUAAUUUAGAAGCGGGAAACAAUAACGAGGCAAAAGGCGGUUUCAAGGCAUGGAUCUAUGUCCUUGCUUCGUUUUUCUUGUUUAUGAACGCAUGCUUGCUUUCCACCAGCUCUCCCAGCUCCAUCUCUUCGAUUGGUAGCUUCCAGGUGUUCCUGGUCAUUGUCCUCGGCGUUUUCACCGGUCCUCUAUUCGAUGCAGGGUAUUUGCGCCAGAUGCUCACACUCGGUUGUACUCUCGUCGUCCUUGGCAUGAGCACACUAUCGCUGGCUACUGCAUACUGGCAGGUCUUUCUCGCUCAGGGCUUAUGUGUUGGUCUCGGUUCUGGUCUGCUCUAUGUACCGGCCCUGGCAUUUGUUUCGACACUGUUCCCAGACUCGGUUCGUCCCUGGGCAAUUGGCUGCGUGAACGCAGGUGGAGGCAUGGGUGGUAUCGUCUAUACGUUCAUGCUGCGUGACCUGGAGCCUCAAAUCGGGUUUGGCUGGGCUGUCCGUGCGAUUGCUCUGGUCACUCUUGUGUUAUCAGUCGUGGCUCUAGCAAUUCUGCUCCCUUAUCGCUCAAAGGCUCCCAAACCCCAACAUCGACGAGCUAUGUUUGAUCUGAAAGCACUUCGUGAGCCCAGUUUCUUACUGUUCUCAAUCGCCAUGUUUCUCAACUACAUUGCGUUCUAUAUUACGCCCUUUUAUAUACCGAUGUAUGCGACAGAGGCCUUGCAUCAAUCCCGCAGCUUUGCAUUCGCGUACCUGGUAUACAUGAGCAUUACAUCCAUCAUCGGACGUACCCUGCCCAUGUUAGCUGCAGGCCGCUUUGGUUCUCUGCAGGUAUAUAUUGCCGCAACAGUAGGGACUACAGUUGCUCUGUUUUGCUGGACGGCUGUUCACAAUGUCGCGGGUUUUUUGGGCUUCACUUUAAUGUAUGGCAUAGUCUCGGGCGUGCAGGUUGCAGCCCCAAGCGCAGCAAUUUCACAUCCCGUACUAUCCCCAACCAUGAACGUAAUCGGUACACGCAUGGGUAUGGGGUGGAUGUUUGCUGGCGUUGGCGUUCUCGUUGGUUCACCUAUCGCGGGUGCCUUAGUCAACGUGACUCCUGGUCGGGUAGACUUUAAACCAGCACAGUGCUUUGCAGGGGCCGUUGCUGCUGGCGCGCUUCUGUGUUUGAUAUUUCCCCUCAUUGCAGUUAUCAAACACGAUAAGAAGACUGCUUGA